AUUUAUGCACAAUUCAUAGAGGUGUCAAAGUAUUACAAACAAGCCAAAGCCCCAAUACACCAAAGAUGAAGAAUACCAUCUAUUUAGCUCUGUUUCACCUUUCAUUUUGCUUCACUGUCUUUGCUUUUACCCAUCCUUCAGCCAUGGAAUUGCAUGGACAUGGUGCCGACUUGAUUCAAGCAACUUGCCAAAGGACACCCUUUUACAAUCUAUGUGUCUCCACCCUCCGAUCGGACCCUCGAAGUUCCGGUGCCGACGUAGCAGGACUAGCCAGGAUUGGAGCCCAUAAACUGAAGGCCAAAGCCACAGCAACACUGCGACAGAUUACGGGGUUGCUUAAAGUGACCAAAGAUCCCAACCUGAAGAUGGCCUUGAGUGAAUGUGUGGAUUACUACAACGCCAUUGUUAAGUACGAUAUCCCGGAAGCGAUAGAAGCCGUCGUGAAAGGCGACCCGAAGUUCGGCGUCGAGGGCGCGAAUGAUGCGGCCAAUGAAGCCGAUGCUUGCAGGAGGAGAUUCAAAAACCAACCCAAGUUUCCGAUUUAUGGUAGCAACAAGGUUGUGCACGAUCUUUCUGCUGUUGUUGCUUCCAUUGUCCAAUUAUUACUAUGAGGAUGAUGAAUCUUAUACCAGUUCUGUGAGAAACCUAGUGCUUAUUAUCAUAUGAUGUCCAAUAGAAAUGUAUGUACAAACGUGUCGGGAACCUUAUAAAAAAAAGGAUAAAUAUCUAAA